AGAACAGCACAUCCACACUUUGCUCCAAACGGGUGCGUUACCAACCCUACCGCGUUUUAUUCGGGAAUUUAAUCCCGCAUAGUCUCGGCCAAUCAGAGACCAGAGGUCAAGCGCCAAUAAAAGUUCAAGAAGAGCGCAGAGGCGUUUCAGUGCGGCGUUUGAAGUUUUUCAGAUAAAGCAUUCAAUAAAGUAAGUGUUAAAAUAUUCCUUAAAUCUCAUCGGAAGAUCGGAGAUCUGCGGCGGAAGGACAGGAUGAGGAAGAGGUAACAGAAACAGAGUUUAAAGUGUAUGUUUGUGUUUGUGUGUAGAUUAGCACAUGUAUUGUGUAGUGAAAAAUUGUGUUUAGGUUAAAAAUGGUCGAUGUUUUCGUGAUUUGUUUUAAAUUUAGCAUUAGAACUUAAGUACUGAUAUGAACGGCCAUUUUUAACAAACCAUUUUUCAGUUUUGCUGAUAUAUUUACAUUUAGCAGAUGCUUUUAGCCUGACAGUGCAAUCAGGCUAUACAUUUAUUUUUUUUUUAAUCAGUAUGCGUGUUCCCUGGGAAUUGAACCCACGACCUUUUGCGCUGUUAACACAAUACUCUACCACUGAGCCACAGGAAAACAAUGCAUAUUUUAAGUAUAAUUGUCAAUAAUGCUGUUUACUGGAUUAUUAAUUCAUAAGAAAAGUAUUGAAACACAUUAGCUCGUUUUACUAUAAUGUUUAAUUUAUGACACAGUCUGACAACCAGCAUGUUUAUUAAAUCUGAAUGUGUCGUUUCAGUGAAAUCCAUGCCUCACAGUCUGUAGCAUGUUUGAACAACGCUCUCGGUGAGCUGAAGGACAUCGGGAUCCCAGAAGACCAGAAGCUGCAGCGAACGGACGCAGUGUACACGCACAUCAAAAAUCUGCUCGAUAUGAUGAUCGGAGAGGAGGUAAGCUUGAAGAAGCGCUUGCUGAGCAGUAUCAAAAUGUGCAGGAAGGAGGUGACCAGCCUGUGUAGUGAGCUUCAGGUGCAGGAGUAUCAGGUGAGUCGCUCUGAUACCAAGGUUUUUGGAUAACGGCAUAAUAACAACCUGUGCCCUCUUACUUCUGGAUGUUUUGUCAAGCCGGCCAAUCUGAUUGGAGACUUUGUGCGUUUGGCAGGAGGAGGCUGGUCUUACGAUGCUGCAGCUGGAGAAGGAUCUCCGUACACAGGUCAAGAUGAUGCUGAAAGAGAAAAGUGCUCGUCAGAGUGAGCUGAAGUCUCUGAUUCAGCAGGAUCAAGAUCUGUGUGACAUCCUGCGUGAUGACCUCUUCCCCAUCCGUCCUGAACACGUGCCGUCACACCAGCAGCUGCAGAACUACAGAGAACACAUCAACACCCGCAACCAGG